AUGUUGAUAUUCUUUCAAAGCGAGUUCCGAAGCCGAGUCGAAGAGCUUCAUUCGGCCACAUCGCAGGAAUAUCUGCCCAGAAAAGCUAACUUGGGAGUUCUUGGCCUCAUCCUCGCCGUCUGCUUGACUAGCCUCCGCUAUGGCAGUCCAGAGCAACAGGCUCGACUCAUCGAACUUUGCAUUGAUUCAGACUCAUUGCAAGAAAGCAUCCUGACGACGCUGAAACUGAGAUUCCUCGAUGUAGUUUCCUUGGGCUCCAUCGAGGCUGUGCAGACGUGUAUCUUGUUAGGAAGUUUCUACUUGUAUCACGGGGAACCUGAGCUCGCCUGGCCCAUCUGUGGGAGCGGUCUUCGUAUCGCCCAAGCUCUCAAACUUCAUCAACGACACAACGAUGAGCAUAUCUCUGUGCCGGAUCUUGAUAACCCUGUCCAUCGAGCAGCCGAGACACGCAAGAGAUGUUGGUGGGCCAUCUACGAGAUUGAAACCUUCUGCUCGAUGCUCUACGGCUUUCCUCUCGGCAUUGUGGACGCCGACUGCAGCAUAGAAAUACCCGAACAAUAUCCCUUGAGGUCCAAAGAUGCAUCCUGGGAAUCUACUCGAUGGAAAUCCUCUGGCAGGGCUACCUUGCUCUCAUAUAAAGUGGCGAUGGCGCAAUUGUCGAUAAUUGUAAAGAAGACGUUAUCUGAGCUCUACGGAAACCGGAAGCAUACCAACAGCAGCGAAUUCACUGCAAGGACCGAAGGACCCGUGGUUCAACGCCUCAUCAGCAUUGUGGCCAGCCUAGAUCAACAGAUUCGCUCGUGGCACGACCGUCUGCCACGAGAGUUACUUAUGGGCGUGAAAGAAACGGAACAGCUUCAGCAACACGCGAGCCCAGCUACUUGGGCAAGCGGCAUACAUCACCACUCGAGCCCGGAACAUCAGAAACAAUUGUUCCGCGUUCAAGCCCUAGCACUCAAACUGGCUUUUGAAAACGCGAGGAUCUUGGUCCAUCGGCCCCUGCUAGCCUACAGAGCGACAAGGAACAGCAACGCGGCCGAAGGCUCUGCUUUCCGUCGCGCUGGUGAGCACGAUGCGCUGCAGGGUUCCGUGCGAAUCUGUCGAGAUGCCGCCUUACAAAUUGCCAACGUUGGCUACACACCACACUUCAAGGAGGCGAUUGAUACCUACGCGUUAUCAUUUGUCGCGUUGCAUCUCUUCACCGCUGGCGUUGCGCUUUCUAUCAUGACCGGACUGGACCCUUUGAGCCGGGAGUCCCAUGAUUCCAAAGUGGGUCUCCGACAGCUGAUGGAGAUGCAUUCUCAACUCAAGUCCAAGUCGGUUGUUGCUGAACAGGGCCUGAACAUUCUCACGAAGCUCAUGAAGCUCGUCAUGACUAAAGAGAUGGAGAGAAUGCUUCAACUAGAUGGUCCACCCCAGACAAUAACCAGCCCCCAUGGUAGAGAAGAUGUUACAAAUGGUUGUCUAGAUUCUAUUCAGGCCACUGCCCGAGGCAACGAAACGGCCGCCAAAGUUUCUAGUAGCAACAUGAAUCAGACCACACCACAGCAAGAGACACCAGCGGUUGACUUGGACGAGGAUGUCACAGCGAGCUUGAGCUUUAGCGAAGACCCAUUAAUAACACAAGCCCUUUCGGAAUUUGAGCAGAGUAAGUCUAAAACCUCGCUCAGCGACAAUGGUCUGCUAACAGGAGUUUUAGUUAUGAUGUAUGAUAUCAAUGGUGUUAGCGAGGGAGAACCCGUGGAGUUCAGCGAGUAUCUCACUGAGAGUUGUUUUGGAAGACAGGACCAAGGUUGGAUAUGGAAUUAUGGGCACUGA